AUGCGCAGUCGGCGGCGCGCUCCGAACAGGCAGGGUUCACAGAGUGCUGAUCCGGGACACGGACAUGACAGCUGGGCCGACUGGGCCAGCCUUGCGGCGGCCUACGCCCAAACAAACACAAAAGCUCCCAACAGGCCUUCAGUCGAUCGCCCCGAAACAGAAAAAGACGCAAGCUCAAGGAGAACGAUAAUCCGAAGAUAUCAUCCAGGCGUCAUGGUACUGCUGUUGACCAUAGGCGAUCUACAUAUUCCGAUCAGAACGCAUGACCUGCCCAACAAAUUCAAGAAACUGCUCGUCCCUGGAAAAAUUGGCCAAAUCGUUUGCACGGGCAACGUCUGUGACCGCGAGACUUGGGAAUAUCUUAGGUCGAUUUCUAAUGACGUCAGGGGUGUUCGGGGCGAUUUUGACGAGACACCCAAUCUUCCACCCUCUUUAACCCUCCAACAUGGCUCCCUAAAGAUAGGAGUCAUUCAUGGCCACCAAAUCGUCCCGCUUGGAGAUACGGAAUCACUAGCAGCUGCAGCUCGUAAACUGAAUGUUGACGUCUUGGUCACCGGUGCAACUCAUCGAUUUGAAGCAUUCGAAUUCGAAUCGAAAUUUUUCAUCAACCCAGGUAGUGCUACCGGAGCAUUCACGCCAACUUGGCCGAUUUCUCCACCACAUAAAAGUUCAUCAACAAACUCCUCCUCAUUAAAGUCGCCUCAACAUUCAACAAGCACUCCGAUCAACCCAAGCAAAAGCCCUAAUGGUUCAACAACCUCCCCAACUCAGUCGUCUCGAUCGCUCAACCAGAACAGUACAGAUCAGAACAAAUCGCCCGCAAAUACAAACGGUCAACAGGACCAUCAUUCGAGUGAACUCGAUGAAAGCAAUCGGAACGCCCAGCUCGAGGAUCAGUCCUCGCAAGACCAGAAACCAGUGGAAGAUCCUGAUUCGUUAUAUCCCCCAGGCCCGAUCCCUAGCUUCGCCCUCCUUGAUAUUCAGGGCUCGGUGGUGGUUACAUAUGUUUACAGACUGGUUGAUGGAGAAGUCAAAGUUGAAAAGAUCGAAUACAGAAAGGAAAUACCUAUUGGUAAAGAGUCAUAG